AUCACGUAUAUUACUCACUGGCGCCCAGUGAUUGCCAAGCAUCAAAUCAGUUCUCCUCCCUUUUAGCUUGUGCACACUGCUUUGCAUGGCUGUGCACAGCACAGCCAUGCAAAGCAGUGUGCUUACAGUGAAGCGCACAGACACAGCCCUUAGUAAAACAGCACACAGUUAAACCUUUGAUCACCCCACAUGUUAACCUCUUCCUGCCCAAGUGUCAUUAGUACAGUGUCAGUGCUUUUUAUUAGCACUGAUCACUGUAUUGGUGUCACUGGGGAUGUUAGUGACACCAAGCCAGUUCCCCCCCAGUGUCAGAAAGCCCGCCGCAGUCCCGAUAUAAGUCACUGA